AUGCUGCCGACGCCUUCGACCUCACACGUCUGCUUCGAUCGUGUUUACGAGCCAGCAGAAGAUUCAUAUCUGCUGCUCGAUACACUGUCAUCGUCAACCGAAUCUGCGUUCCUAUCAGAGCGAUUCCUGCAGUCGACAGCCCCACCGUUGGUGCUCGAGGUGGGCGUUGGCUCAGGCGUCGUUCUAGCUUUUGUUGCUGCAAACGCGCGCAGCAUUUUUGGUCGGCAUGACAUACUAACACUCGGGACUGACAUCAACAGUUUCGCUUGUCAGGCAGCCUCACAGACCGUAUCGACAGCAGUCAAAGACGAAGAACAACAUGAAGAACGAUCUAUCUUCCUGGAUAUCGUGAACGGCGACCUGGCGUCAUCAAUCCGCCCGCACUCUAUCGAUGUCUUCAUCUUCAACCCACCAUACGUCCCAGCCGAGCUGCCCGACUUCUCGCGCCAUACCGACUACAACGCCGUACCUGAGGGCAAAACAAAGACCAGCUUCGAGCAGGAUUCGUACCUGCUAGAGCUAUCAUAUGCGGGUGGAGAGGAUGGCAUGGUGGUGACGAACAGGAUGUUAGAGCAGAUACCAGACAUAUUGAGCAAAGGGCGCGGAGUGGGUUACGUGCUGUUGUGUGCACAGAACAAGCCAGACAUCGUCAAGCAGCAGAUAAGAGACUGGGGAUCUGGGUGGCAAGCAGAAACGGUGGGCACAAGUGGAAAGAAGGCUGGUUGGGAGAAGCUACAUAUCGUGAGGAUCUGGAAGAAUGAUGACUAG